AUGUACGGCGAAGGCGAAGGUCAUGCACGGAAGAGAAUGAGGGAAGUAAUAGAGGCCAGCACCGUGGCUAGAGACGCGAAAUUAAGCCAGAUAGAACGCUGGUUAUCGGCGCCGGAUCCUUCAGUAAAUUACCAGAAAGCGCUGAAGCUGCGACAGCAUAACACUGGUCGGUGGCUGCUCGAUGGAGAGCGUUACGAGACCUGGAAAAUUGAGACCGCGUCAUGCAUAUGGCUAUACGGUAUUCCAGGUUGCGGUAAAACUCUUCUGAGUUCCACUAUUCUGGAAGACGUUUUUCGGUAUUGUGACGAGCAUCCCGGAUAUGCUGUUGCCUACUUUUACUUCGACUUUAACGACAUACAAAAACAAAAUGCCGAGCGGAUGCUACGAUCGUUGGUCGUACAACUGUUACAAAAGUCUGUUGACAUACCUUCGAGUCUCGAUGCUCUUUUUUCCUCGCAUGACAAUGGGAAACGACCACCAGCUCUCGAUAGCCUGUUGAAGGUAGCACGCGAUUUGAUAGAGCAUUUUCCACAAGUAUAUAUCGUUCUGGAUGCAUUGGAUGAGUGCAACCAAUGGUCUGAGUUGAUGGAAAUGCUUGAAACUAUAGCUAGCUGGGAAAUUCCGAAUCUGCAUCUCAUCAUGACAAGUCGGGCGGAGCCAGAUAUCAAGAGCACUUUAACUAGUUUUGUGGACCCGCAGAACAGUAUCUGCCUUCAAAGCAACAUAGUUGACAGAGAUAUCCAGCUGUACAUCCGCCAACGGCUUUCUGACGACAAGGACUUGGCCAAGUGGAAAAAGGAUCCCGAUAUCCAACAAGAGAUUGAGACUGCCCUCACCAAGGGCUCUAAGGGAAUGUUCCGUUGGGCUGCAUGCCAGCUAGACACGCUCGGAAGGUGCCUCAAUCGAUCACUUUUGCGGAAAACACUCAAAACAUUACCAUCCACCCUGGACAAGACCUACGAACGCAUCUUGGGGAGCAUCAGCGAUGAAUAUGCUGAAUACGCUAUCUGCAUUCUACAGUGGUUAGCGUUCUCAGAACGUCCACUAUCAGUAGAAGAGCUUGCAGAAGUGAUCGCAAUUGACGUGUCACGCGAUCCAGAAUUUGAUAGAGACGAAGUGCUAGAAGACCCCAUGGACGUACUGAGAAUUUGCUCUAGUUUGGUUUCCAUCACAGCAGCUCCUGGGUUGAAUCUCUCGCGUGUAUUAAGGACGCCAAGCAUAACACUACCGAAGAGAGAAGUCCCAGUAAGACAGAUCAUUAUGCUUGCACAUUAUUCUGUCAAAGAAUAUCUCAUCUCGGACCGGGUAAAGCGAGGCCAGGCAGCGCGUUAUAGCUUACAGGCCGCAACGUGUCACGGCGCCAUGGCUGUGGCAUGUCUCGGUUACCUUAACCAAUUUCAGGAGCCCGAGCUCCUGUCAGAGCAAACAUUGGAGAAAUUCAAGUUAGCAAGUUACUCUGCGAGAUUCUGGAGUGAACAUGCCCGAAAGGCAGGAGAUCAAGAAGCAGAAGUGGCCAGAUUUGUUUGUCGACUGUUGUCUAUGGAUAAUCCUGCGUACUUCAGUUGGAUCCAAAUAAUUGAGGGUGACUUUUUCUGGUUUGACCCAUCUUUUGAGAGCAUAAAGAGUAUUGUACCUACCCCGCUAUACUGUGCAUCACUUCUCGGUCUGGAUACAGUUGUAGAGCAAUUUCUCACCCAGAAUUCGGACCCUAACGCACGAGGCGGAACGUAUGGUAACGCACUGCAAGCUGCUUCGUGCAUCACCAGAAUACUGCUCGAAGCAGGCGCCAAUGUUAGUCCGGAUGGUUCAUGCAAAAGCGCCUUGCAUCACGCUAUUGAUGGGUUGAGAUGUACCCCUUCACUGGUAAGCACGUUGCUGAAAUUUGGUCCACCGAUGAGCACAGUCAAUGCCCAGAACAUGACCCCUUUACAUUUCAUGGCCUUGCAUCGGAAAUUUGAGGUGAUCAAAAUUCUGCUCAAGUAUGGUGCCGACCCCAAUGCGCUUUUUGAAAACCACGAAACGUCUCUUUACCUCUUUCUAAAUAAUCCACACGAGUCUGUCUCUAUACAAGACCCAUCCAGGAUGAGAGAAGUAUCACAGCUGGGCAAAGCCGGAAAUCAUGUAUGGGUUAAAGUUUUAAUCGAGUACGGCGCGAAUGUAGGACGGACGGAUGACUCGGGCCUCAAUGCACUUCAUUACGCAGCUCAAAGUGGAAACCACAAAACCAUAGUUGCUAUUCUUAGAACUGAAGAGGCAAAAAAGGUUGGUCUUGUUACAUCGAAGGACGGAUCUGGUAGGAAUGUGCUUCACCAUCUCUUGGACAAGAAAAAAAAAGCCAGAAUCAAGACGAUACGUUUUCUGCUUAGCCGAGGGGCCGAUAGUUCAGCAGUUGAUGACUCUGGAUGUACCCCGUUAGCAAGUUACCUCCAAAGCCGUUCAUACAUCAAUCCCGAACUCUGCAGCUUACUCUUGAAGUUCAACGGGAACGCGACUUUUUCGAACAGCAAGGGCCAGAACCUCGGACACCUAUAUAUCCAAAAUCGGAAUACUACAUUUGAAACGCUACGGUUCCUGCACGAGAGAGGUGUCGACUUGACAAAAAAAGAUCACGAGGAGAAGACGUUACUACAUGUGGCAGCUACGCGAGGCUCUCUGACUGAUACAAUGCUGGUAUAUCUCAUCAACGUUGUUGGUCUUGGAAUAGCUGACCAAGAUAUACAUGGCCGAGAUGUUUUGCAGUAUGCCACUGAGAGACACGAACGAAUAGAAAGAGUAGAAAUAGAACUAUCAGCAAUGUUUUGUAUGGAAGAGCUUAGCGUCGAUUUCUGCAGUUGUUCCUGCAGUGGUUGCAGUGGUUUCUACAGGAAUUUCUACAGGGAUUCCUACAGGGAUUCCCGCCUGACAAUUUUAAGACGCAUCACUGAACUCAAGGAACUCGCCACGAAAAGGAAUAACGUCACAAUCCCUGUAUUGUAA